AUGGAGGACUCCAGCUGCCUCUUGCUCGUACUGCCUCAAACAACGAUUUCAAGCACGAUCUGCAAGCCCCCCGGCAGGCCUCUUCACGCCCUGCAAAUGUUUCUGGAGGGGACAAGAACAACAGUCGGUCGGCGGCUCCUGCAUCUAAGAGCUGGAAGAACCGUUGGGGUGACCAAGAUUCGACGGCCAAGAGCAGGACGGACAACCACCGCCGCUCCACCCAGUCUUCGCGAGGGCGCGGCACCGGAUAUGGCGGGCGAGGGCGAGCCGUGGGGACCCAGCCUACCAGGUCUUCACCGGCGAGCCGCCACCGCCGGAGCAGGAGUCGGAGCGCAGAACGUCAACAGCGCACCAAUCCUUCGUCUAGGCGUGGUAGCAGCCGGAGCGGAGACCGUCGUGGGAGAAACACGCCUUCGUCUAGCCAUAGCCGCAGCCGGAGCCAAAACCGGAGCGGGGGCAACAGCAGGGCGACCAGUACUGACAGCGGUCGCGGCGGAAAAGGAGGACGGAAGUCAGGCCACGGUAACAGGCAAGUGA